CAAAUCCCUUUUCAUCCUCCUUCUUUUCUGCUGUCCAGACUUUUUUCUUCUAGCUCACCAUUUCACUAAGGAUGUUACCUUUCAAGCUUUUUGAUUUCAAAUGGGAGGCUCAGUUUCAAUGUGGGACCUUGUGGGAGCUUAAGACCAUGUCUUCUGCUCCCACAAGCCUGUUGAAAUUCAGACCUUUUUGUAACUGAGCCAGACAAAUGUGUCCAGGAAAGGAGUGGUGUAAGUGCCAUCUGAAUAAACUAGUUUUCAGUUCCUUAUUUUUGAUCUAUGAGUAUUCCACAUACUUCUUGAAAGCUCAGCUAUGCAUUUUGAGAUUUUUUUUAUUUUUUAAAUUUUUAUAGAUUCAGAGGGUACAGUACAGGUUUGUUACAUGGGUACAUUGCAUAAUGGUGAGGUUUGCACUUCUAGUGUACCCAUCACUCAAGAGUGAACAUUGUUCCCAACAGAUAAUUUUUCAACCCCCACCUCUCUCUCAUCCUACCCACUUUUGGAGUCCUCUGUGUCUAUUAUUUCCUUCUGCAUGUCCCUAUGUACCUAUUAGUUAGCUCCCACUUUUAAGUGAGAACACGUGGUAUUUGAUUUUCUGUUUCUGAGUCAUUUCACUUAGGAUAAUGGCCUCCAGCUCCAUCCAUGUUGCUGCAAAAGACUUGGAUUUAUUCUCUUUUUUUAUGGCUGCAAUAUAUUCCAUGGUGUUUAUACACCACAUUUGCUUUAUCCAGUCAUCUCUUGAUAAGACACUUAGAUCGCGUCCAUGACGUUGUUAUUGUGAACUUUACUGUGGUAACAUACAAGUGUGGGUGUCUUUUCAAUAUAAUGAUUUAUUUUCCUUUGGGUACUCAGUAGUGGGAUUCCUGCAUCAAAUAGUAAUUCUAUUUUUAGUUCUUUGAGAAAUCUCCAUACUGUUUUCCAUAGAGGUUGUACUAAUUUACAUUCCCAUCAACAGUGUAUAAGCAUUUGCUUUUAUAUUUUGAGAGUUUUUAUAAACAUGUUUCAACCAGUAUUUCUUGGUGUUUUGUUGCAGGAUUUUAAUACUUAUCUGACAUGAGGUAUUAAAUGUUCUAUUAUUUGAGUCUAUUUAUUGAGUCUAUGAAGUAAAAAUUGAGUUGGUGAAUAUUCAAGGUGUAAUGAUAUUCAUUAUAUGGGACCAUGACAUACUUCUAACACUGACUCUAUAUAUCUUUCACUAUACUUCAUUCAAGCCUCAAAUUUUCCUUUCUUUGGCCGGAGCUUUUUUGUUGUGUUUUGCUUUUUAAAUGGUGAUAAGAAAGAACAUAUUAUAUAAAAUGUACCUUCUUAACCAUUUUUAAGUGUACGGUUUAAUAGUGUUAAGUAUGUUCACAUUGUUGUGCAACGUUGAGUUUUAAACUUUAAGAUUUAGGUUAUUUGUGGCAAGGAAGGACAGGUCUAUCUUAUCUCCUUUCUCUUGCCUUCACUCAUCUUUGCUUCCUUCUUUUUUUUCCAUUGGCUGGAACGAUCUAUGAAGGGAGAAAUGCUGCAACCUAAAAUCAUCUAACUAAAACUCAAAAGACUUAAUUUCUUGUGUUGUCUUAGAGUUUCAUAUCUAUUUUUUUCUGGAGCCUUUUUGCUAGAUUAACUCACAAUUCUGGAGAUCUGUCAACCACAUACAGAUAUAUAUUUGACUUCUGCAGUGUGAAGAUAAAGAGAGACUAUUUUCUGGCAAAUUAUUGGUGGGUUUAAUCAUCCUUCCAUGAGCCUCUUUUGAAAUGCCUGUGUUAUCACCAUCUGUGUUAUUUUUUUCUCUUUUGUAGUUUUAAUUGGCUUAAUUUUUGCUAGAUCCUCCUUUGCCAAAAGUUUUGUAUGAUUCAGUUCAUUCAUGUGAUUUAUCCAACAUCACACAUAUUAACUACAGGAAUUCCUUAAUAUUUUACAAGAUAUCAGUUUAACUUUGAAGUGACUGGACUGAUAGUGUUAGAUGUUCACAAUAUCAGCACCUAGACAAGGAUGUCAAUGCAAAGACAAAAGCUACUGGGGGAAGGAAUAUUUGAGGAUGUCUAACUUUAUGAGGCAACUAGUUCACUAGGACAUAUUUUCAUGUCAUGAUUAUUUCUGCUUCAGUAUACACUGUAAGCACAGCAGUGAGGUUAAAUAAUAAACACUCAGAAAAUAAGGUAUCCUCCUCUUUUGUUAGUCACAAGGGUAUUCCUUCAACCAGAUGAUACCUUCCAUUUAAAUCAAAAUUUAUUUCUGAAUUUGCUUAUCACUUCUAUUUAGAGGUCAGUCUGUCAAGAGCUACAUCUUAACUCAAUGGACCUCUGGAAAAAUAAGACAAAAUUACACAACUAGUCAUUUCAGAAAGGGGAAAAAAAAAUCAAACUUCUUCCCUGGUAGUUGUAGGGAAAAAAAAGAAGCUUGAUUAAAAUUUCAAUUUGCCAUUUUGAUUUUAGAGACAAUGUGAAAAGAGAUAUAAUCCAUCAAUAACAAGCAGCAGAUUUUUCUAGAUUUUAAGAUUUCCAAUAUCAGGGUGUAUGUUAGAAUCAAGAAUUACAAUUAUAAUUAGUAGUGUUUUUCGCUGUGUCGCCAGAUUGGAGUGCGGUGGCGCAAACUCGGCUCACUGCAACCUCUACCUCCUGGGUUCAAGCGAUUCUCCUGCCUCAGCCUCCCGAGUAGCUGGGACUACAGGCAUGUGCCACCACGCCCAGCUAAUUUUUGUAUUUUUAUUAGAGACGGGGUUUCACCAUGUUGGCCAGGAUAGUCUCGAUCUCUUGACCUCGUGAUCCACCCACCUUGGCCUCCCAGAGUGCUGGGAUUACAGGCAUGAGCCACCGCGCCCGGCCUAUUAGCCAAAAUAUUAAACUGACAUAAUGGCUAUGUAGAAUGCAACUUUCAAGUGGAUGCAUUCCACUGAUAAUAAUAGUAAUAACAACACAUAUAUUCCUUACUAUGACCAGCCACUGUUUUACGAGUUUUACUUAAUUAUCUAAUUUUUUACAAUUACCAUUUUUAGGUAGUUUACUAUUAUUAGCUUCACUGUAAUGGUGAUGGGUGAGGACAAUAAAACACGGAGAAGUGAUCUGGCCAACAACUCACACAUAGACGGCUGAGUUAGAUGUUUCACUUAGGCUUAAAGUUAUUACCUGCUGGUAAGCAAACAAGUGAUAUUUUAAAUGAAGCAUUUUAUGAGCACAUACUACUAGUUUUUAGUAUCUGCCAUAGAAUUGAGAUCUAUUUGCAAACAGCCAUAUUGUUUUCUUAAGACACUACUGCAGGCAGAAUAAUGAUCCCCCAAAGAUGUUUAUCUCCUAAUCUCCGGAAUUCGUGAAUAUAUUAGCUUACAUGGCAAAAGGAUUCUGCUGAUGUGAUCAAGGGCAGACACCUGGAAAUGGGAAGAUGAUCCUGGAUUACUCAGGUGAGCCCUCAGAAUCUUUUCCAGCUGCAAUCAGCAGUAGACUUGAGGAUGGAAGGUUCAGAGAGAUGGCACAUCACUGGCUUUGAAGAUGGAGGAAGGGACCGAAGCCAAGGAAUGUGGACAGAAGCUCGCAAAGGCAAGCUAAGGAUUGUCCUGUGGAGUCACCAGAAAGGGGUGCAGCCCGAGUGACACCCAGGUAGUACUUCUGACCUACAGAACCGCGAGAUAAUAAAUGCAUUGUCUGUCAGAUGAUACAUUUGUGCUGUUUCAAGCUACAAAGUUUGUGCUUAUUGGUUAUUGUGGCAAUAGGGAACGGAUACAGGCCCCGUCAGGUAUUUCACUCAAUCCAUGAAAUACCUUACAGUAUACAAAUUUUAACAUGCGCGGGAGCCACUUACGCAUCCGUCUAUUUGUGCUGCCUGGGAGUGUCAGAGGCCGUGUCCUUCAUUCACCUCGCGCGUGGGCGGCGCUGCCCUUAAGAUGCUCCCGGGCUCAGCGCAGACGGCUCAGCGUUCUCCCGCGUUCAACGAACCGCCAGAAACGUCAGAUGGUACGGAGGAAAACACUUCACACUUUAACAGUAUUUUUACGUUUAUUUGCAGCAAAUGUUGUUGGCUUUGUAUUUAAAGUAUUUAUGAUUCACUAUAAAGUGUAGGAUCCAAGAAAACGCGCUAGUUUCACUUGGCCCCCGUGGGUGUCCCGGGGAGCUCUCCAAGGAAGGACUGGUUCCUGAAGUUCCUGGGGUGCUGCACCACCACGGAAGAACCAAGCUCCACAGAGAAGCCAGAAGCCGCGACCGCGGAGACGCCCUCUGCCAGGCCUCCACCGCCUCAGCUGCCCUUUACAGCCACCGCAUUCUCAAGCCCCCUAGUUAUUUCUAGCUUCGCACAGCGCCCAGCCCACCGAGAGACCUCAAACCUCGCGACACUCGCAACUCCCGCGGCCCUUCCUGCUACAGGCCUCCAAGGGGAGAGACAUUGGGAAGAUUGCUCCGCCCACAGAAAGGAAGAUUUCGUUCUCGCGAGAUCCCAAUGACAAUUCGGGAGCUCGUUCUCGCGGGAUUUUCCAAGACCGGGUUGGAAGUUGCGGGGUUUAGGAGACGGAGGUCAGAGACUAGGAAGAUUUGGGGUUCGCCUUGCCGGCCUCCUGUCCUCCUCCGGCGGCGGCGGAGCCCGAGAAAACUAGGUGAACACCGCUUUGCCAGCCUCAUACAGCGUCCCCUGGCUCUGCCGCCGCUCGAGACGUCGCCCUCCCGUUCUCUUUGGGUCCCCUUAGUCACUACCUUUGCUGGGAUCCCCCUCCUCCAUCCCGUGGCUUCGCGUUGCCGGAGAGCGAUGCUCGGAGGGCGACCGGAAGUGGCGUUGGCCGCCAUUGGCCCGCCUGCCAGCCACCUCGUUGUCCUCCGCCGUCUUCCGGGUGUUACGUGCAGCCGGGCUCGGCCCCUCCCCCUGGCCGGAUGGAUCCGUCGGCUCCACAGCCCCGCGCGGAAACCGCAGGCAAAGACAUAUGGCAUCCAGGAGAAAGAUGUCUUGCCCCUGCCCCAGAUAAUGGAAAACUUUGUGAAGCAAGUAUAAAAUCUAUCACAGUGGAUGAAAAUGGCAAGUCAUUUGCAGUCGUCUUAUAUUCAGAUUUUCAAGAAAGGAAAAUACCUCUUAAACAGCUUCAAGAAGUAAAAUUUGUUAAAGAUUGCCCUAGGAAUCUUAUAUUUGAUGAUGAAGAUUUGGAAAAACCUUAUUUCCCAAACCGAAAAUUUCCAUCAUCAUCUGUUGCUUUUAAAUUAUCUGACGAUGGAGACUCUAUUCCUUAUACCAUCAAUAGGUAUUUGAGAAACUACCAAAGAGAAGGAACCCGGUUUCUUUAUGAACACUACAUCCAUGGAGGAGGGUGCAUUCUGGGUGAUGACAUGGGACUUGGAAAAACAGUACAGGUUAUUUCAUUUCUGGCUGCAGUUUUGCAUAAAAAGGGAACUCGUGAGGAUAUUGAAAAUAACAUGCCAGAGUUUUUACUAAGAAGUAUGAAAAAGGAACCCCUUUGUUCUACAGCAAAAAAGAUGUUCUUAAUAGUUGCUCCUCUUUCUGUCCUCUACAACUGGAAAGAUGAAUUGGACACCUGGGGAUAUUUCAGAGUCACUGUUUUACAUGGAAACAGAAAAGAUAAUGAAUUAAUUCGUGUAAAGCAGAGGAAAUGUGAAAUUGCUCUAACAACUUAUGAAACACUGCGCUUAUGCCUGGAUGAACUUAACAGUUUGCAGUGGUCAGCUGUCAUUGUAGAUGAAGCUCAUAGAAUCAAGAAUCCAAAAGCUAGAGUAACAGAAGUUAUGAAAGCUUUGAAAUGUAAUGUCCGCAUUGGCCUCACUGGAACCAUCCUUCAGAACAACAUGAAGGAACUGUGGUGUGUUAUGGACUGGGCUGUGCCAGGCCUUUUAGGGAGCAGGACCUACUUCAAGAAGCAGUUUUCUGACCCAGUAGAGCAUGGUCAGAGACACACGGCAACAAAGAGAGAACUAGCCACUGGCCGAAAGGCCAUGCAAAGACUUGCCAAAAAGAUGUCUGGCUGGUUUCUCAGGCGCACCAAGACUCUUAUCAAGGAUCAGUUGCCUAAGAAGGAAGACCGGAUGGUGUAUUGUUCUUUGACAGAUUUCCAGAAAGCUGUCUAUCAAACAGUGUUAGAAACAGAGGACGUGACUUUGAUACUUCAGUCUUCUGAGCCUUGUACCUGUAGGAGUGGCCGAAAAAGGAGAAAUUGUUGUUAUAAGACCAAUUCUCAUGGUGAAACAGUGAAAACCUUGUAUCUCAGUUACCUUGCAGUUCUUCAGAAGAUAGCUAACCAUGUCGCGCUACUGCAAGCUGCUAGUACUUCCAAACAACAGGAAACACUUAUCAAAAGGAUAUGUGAUCAAGUAUUUUCCAGAUUCCCAGAUUUUGUGCAGAAAAGCAAAGAUGCAGCCUUUGAAACACUUUCUGACCCUAAAUACAGUGGAAAAAUGAAGGUCCUUCAGCAGCUUUUAAAUCAUUGCAGGAAAAACAGAGAUAAAGUUCUUCUCUUUUCUUUUUCCACCAAGUUGCUUGAUGUGCUACAGCAGUACUGUAUGGCGUCUGGGCUUGAUUACCGACGACUUGAUGGAAGUACAAAAUCAGAGGAAAGACUCAAGAUUGUAAAAGAGUUCAACAGUACACAAGAUGUUAACAUUUGCCUUGUCUCUACAAUGGCUGGUGGACUAGGCCUCAAUUUUGUCGGUGCCAAUGUUGUUGUAUUAUUUGAUCCUACUUGGAAUCCAGCCAAUGAUCUUCAAGCCAUUGACAGAGCAUAUAGGAUUGGACAGUGUAGAGAUGUCAAAGUGCUUAGACUGAUAUCCUUGGGAACUGUGGAGGAAAUCAUGUAUUUACGACAGAUAUACAAGCAGCAACUUCACUGUGUGGUGGUUGGAAGUGAAAAUGCCAAACGAUAUUUUGAAGCAGUUCAAGGAUCUAAAGAGCAUCAAGGAGAGCUUUUUGGGAUCCAUAACCUCUUCAAAUUUAGGUCCCAAGGGUCUUGUCUUACGAAGGACAUCCUGGAGAGAGAAGGCCAAGUGGAAGCAGGGGUCAUGACAGCCACAACAUGGUUGAAAGAGGGACCUCCAGCACACAAACUAGAAAUGCCUAGAGAGCCUGACUGUCAGGAAUGCAGAGGUCCAGAACAAGCUGCAGAGCCACUGGCAAAGGAAGCAUGUGAUCUCUGCAGCGACUUCAGUGAUGAAGAGCCAGUGGGAGCCACAGGAGUAAAGACUGCCAAAAACAAAGCACCCGAUUCAAGUAAAGCUUCCAGCUCUCCAGGACAGCUUACCUUACUCCAGUGUGGUUUCUCGAAAUUGCUUGAAACAAAAUGUAAAGCAGUUGAGGAUAGUGAUGGAAAUACUGCCUCUGAUGAUGAAAGUUCUGAUGAGCAGCCCACAUGCCUUUCAACAGAAGCCAAAGAUGCUGGUUGUGAGAAAAAUCAGGACUCUCUUGGUACUUCAAAACAUCAGAAAUUAGAUAACAUCCUAAAUCCAAAAGAAAAGCAUGUUUUUUAUAAAAGUGAGAAGAUUUUAGAACAGAAUAUUUCUUCCAAGUCUGAUGAGAAAAAAAUUAAAAAUACAGAUAAACAUUGCAUUUUACAGAAUGUCACAGAAUCAGAAGAUGGUGAUGUCAUCUGUCCUGCACAAUACACAACUGAGAGAUUCCCCGACAAUAGUAUAAGGUUUAAGCCACCCUUGGAGGGAUCUGAGGAUUCUGAAACAGAACACUCUGUAAAAACAAGAAAUAAUGAUAAUGAUCGAAACACUGAUGACAAAAGAAAUGGAAUAAUUUCAAAAAAGUUAAGUCCUGAGAACACAACCCUGAAAUCUAUUGUGAAAAGAAAAGGCACCAGUGAUAUCAGUGAUGAAUCUGAUGACAUUGAAAUUUCUUCCAAGUCAAGAGUAAGAAAGAGAGCUAGUUCAUUGAGGUUUAAGAGAAUAAAAGAAACCAAAAAAGAACUUCACAAUUCUCCCAAAACAAUGAACAAAACAAACCAAGUGUAUGCAGCAAAUGAGGAUCAUAACUCUCAGUUUAUUGAUGAUUAUUCAUCCUCAGAUGAGAGUUUAUCCGUCAGCCACUUCAGUUUCUCUAAACAGAGCCACAGAUCAAGAACUAUAAGAGACAGAACCAGUUUUUCUUCAAAAUUGCCUAGCCAUAAUAAGAAAAAUAGCACUUUUAUUCCAAGAAAACCAAUGAAAUGUUCAAAUGAGAAAGUUGUCAAUCAAGAGCAGUCGUAUGAAUCAAUGGAUAAAUUUUUAGAUGGCGUUCAGGAAGUGGCUUAUAUUCACUCAAACCAGAAUGUGAUUGGAUCGAGCAAAGCUGAAAAUCACAUGAGCCGAUGGGCAGCACAUGACGUAUUUGAGUUGAAGCAGUUUUCUCAGCUGCCUGCUAACAUAGCUGUUUGCAGUUCUAAGACAUACAAAGAAAAAGUGGAUGCAGAUACAUUGCCACACACAAAGAAAGGCCAGCAACCGAGUGAAGGCAGCAUUUCACUUCCUCUUUACAUUUCAAAUCCUGUAAACCAGAAGAAGAAAAAAGUCUACCAUACAAACCAGACCACCUUCAUAAUUGGAGAAACACCGAAAGGAAUCCGCAGAAAACAAUUUGAAGAAAUGGCCUCUUAUUUUAACUCGUCUUCUGUAAACGAAUUUGCUAAACAUAUAACCAAUGCCACAUCAGAAGAACGACAGAAAAUGCUAAGAGACUUUUAUGCUUCUCAAUAUCCAGAGGUAAAAGAAUUUUUUGUGGAUUCUGUGUCAGAAUUCAACAAUUCUUCCUUUGAGAAAGGAGAGCAGUGCACCAGGAAGAAAUCUGAAAAAAGAGAAUCUCUUAUAAAAGCAAGGCUGUCAGAUUCUGAAACCUUGUCAUUUAAAGAUUCUUCCAACAAAAUUUCUCAAGUUUGCAGCCUAAAAACGUAUCAAAGAAAAUCAGGUAAGUUUCAGAAUCAUAGUUCCUGUAGAGAAGAGGUGUUUUUUAUUGAUGCAGAAACUAAGAAAUCACCUGUUAGUUCUACUCAAGAGAUUGAUAGUGGGAAAAACAGCCAAGCAUCUGAAGAUACUGUGACAUCCCAUUCUCUGAACAGUGAGUCUGAAACACGUGAGAGAAGGUUAGAAAAUACCAUGAAAGACCAACAGGACCUCACAAGAAUGGGCAUUUCAAGAAAAGAACCCCUUCUCAAAUUGGAAAACGAAAAGAUAGAAAAUCCAGUGCUGGAAAAUACUUCUGUGAUAAGCUUACUUGGUGAUACCUCUAUUCUUGAUGACCUUUUUAAAAGUCAUGGGAACAGUCCCACACAACUGCCAAAGAAAGUUCUUUCAGGGCCCAUGGAAAAAGCAAAACAGAGACCAAAAGAUUUCUGGGACAUCUUGAAUGAGCAGAAUGAGGAGAGUCUUAGUAAACUCACAGACUUGGCAGUAAUAGAGACUCUGUGUGAAAAAGCACCUCUAGCAGCACCCUCCAAAAGGAGAGAAGAGCCAGCAACUUCUCUUUGGAAAUCAAAUGAGAAAUUUUUAUGGAAGAAAUUUAGCCUAAGUGAUACAGAUGAAAACGCAACCAAUACACAGAGUACCACAUAAGCAUAUAAAUGAAUUACUGCACCAGUGAACUGCUGCCAUCACUGUUUACGGCACUGGAUUCCACACUGAUUCUAUUAUCUUGAACCCAGUUGUUGACAUAUAUUUUUAUUAAAUUACUGCUUUAGGAUUUUUUGAAGUCUAAAGUAUUAUCAUGGAUCUGUUUUUCUUGAUAUUUGAUUUGAUCUUUCAAGAAUAUGAUUGUAUUUAUAGUAUAAACCUCUGUUAUGAAUUAGAAAAGAUUCUAGGUUUGUUAGUAGGAGACGUGGGACAUCUUUCUUACUGUAUUACAUAAUGAUGCGACACUUGCCCUGGUGAGCAUUGUUUCCCAGUAUGAAAGAUGAAGGGUCUGAACCAAAUCAGCAUGAGUGUCCUUCCAGUUUAAAAAAGCUUUGCUUCGCUCUCCUAAUGGCUCAUAGGCUGAAUCAUGUCUGCCCCUCAGAUCAGGUGUACACCAAUGUGUUUUUUACUAGCACUUGGGAAAGUUAUUAAGUAUUUUCUUUUUCGCUGGGCAUCAUGUUCUAUUAUUAUUUUAGAAAAAAGUCAUAACUAGUACUGAAUAUAUGGUAUAUAUAAUAUUAAAAUGAUAAUUUUGCAACAGCUCAAAAUUAAAAGGUUAAUGUUACACACUUUCCUAUAUGAGCUGUGAUUACUACCAUUAGCUACAGACACCAGUGCCUCAACUUUUUGUGUACCUAUUGUGAUUUAAUGUAAAUAAAGAUUUGUAUAGUACUUUUGUAGUUCUUAAGUAUGAAGAAAUGGGUAAACUUUUUAUUCUGUUAGAAACUGUUAUAUUUUGAGUGUAAUUUUUAUGGUUUAUAACAAAAUGAAUGUGCUUAUUGUUGAAUGCAUGUAUUUAGAAGCCUUUACUCAGCCCCUGUGUUCUGUGCUAGGAGCUUGAGCUCUACAGGUAAGGCAGAGCUACAGGUGAAUGAAAGGAAAUCAUGUCAGUGAAAAAUCAUGGUGGAAAGCCCCUGGCAUCACAUGUGCAUGCUGUAGGCAGGACCUGAGCUGCCUCCACUGCAGGUUCAGAUGCACUGCUACAGCUGUCCUUCAGUUAGUUCACAGGGCUGCAAGAGGAGGACACAUCCCUCCAGAAAACAGCCUGAGCCAGGAACUGGCUGUGCUAAAGAGCACUGCUAUCGAGUUGAGGAGAGAGGGCUUCCGUGUACCCAGGAUGUGGAGUCAUUGCUCAGAAGGGAACAAAAAAUCAAAAACAAAAGUCUUCUCAAGGGACUGAUCAGCCAAGUAUGCUUUUCUUUAGAGCAAUGUUUUGCCCUAGAGAAUUGUAAAAUAUAUUUUAUGUCAUGACUCAGUACAUAUGUGUUUGUACAUAUAUGAUUGGAAUAAAAUGUUUAUGAAAUAUUUACUCA